AUGUCAAUUACGACUACUACAACGAUAUCAUCAAAAUCUCCAUCGAACGAACGAUCAUCACUGAUCAAUGCCAAUCAUCAUCAUCAAAAUUCAACUCCAUUUCAUACAACACAUUUUGUAAAUGAACGAUAUCCAAAAACUUGUCUUGAAGAUAUACCUUCUAUUAUACUUGAAUAUCCUCCACCGAAAAUCGGUAAUCAACUAACACGAUCUCAUCAUAGUCUUCGUUUUCGUACUCAGCCUGUCACAUUAGCAGAAAUUAAUGAAGCAGAUGAAGAAAAUAAAAAUGACAAUGACAAUCAACAACAAGAAUCUCAAACACCAACACUUGGAGAUUUUCAACGACUUGAACAUUUAGCUCUAUGGGAAAAUGUACGACGAUCUGCAAGAAAAAAAUUACCAACGAAAAAUUAUCUCGAACGGCAACGACUCAAAGCUAUGAGAGAAGAACCAAGUGAAACAGAUGGAAGCUGA